UGAAAGAGAGUGGGUAUGCAGGCGCAAGAGGCGACGCACACAUCCGAAUGAAAAGCCCUGAAACUAGGAGAGGCGAUCGAAAACUCGGGACGGGCCGAGUCACAUCUCGCUUUUCUUCCGCCGCUACAAACACACUACCACUAGAGUCGGCCACGUGUUUCUUUACAGGAUACCUGCGAUCUUUCCCACGUGCGCAAUCAUUUGUCGAAUUCCAUCAAUUUCGUUGUACGAUCAUUUUUGAUUGGCAUCGUAUACGUGUUGUUUUUAAUGAAAUAAUCAUCGAAAUUUAUAUUUUUCUUAUAUUUGUGAAACUGGUAAGAAUAUAAAUUUUGUAUUUACUUCAUUUGAACGUGAAUUAGAUGUGUUAUAAAAAUAUUCUCUGUUACCUUAUCAAGUUAUGGAUCAAAUUCAGUGAAAUUGAAAUAAAAAAUAGUUCGUAUAUUAUAUAGCUCACAUAUUCUUUGAUUAUGAAUCUAAUCUUUUUUGAUAUGUUGAUGGUUUUCCUUUAACUUUAUGAAUAAGGCAGAAUAUUCGAAAUUUAAAUGUAUCCAAAAUUAGAAUUUGAAGAAAAAAAAUUUGAUUUGGAAGAAUAACGUGAUUAAAAUGGAUGAUCAAAGAUAAUGAUAAGUGAAUAACGUGAUGAUAGCGUGCGUGCAAUGUAAAUAUAAAAAAUCAUAAUUGAAUUACGCAUGAUGAAGGCAUGUGAGAAAUGUAAAUAUCAAAAGAAUAAUACGGUGACAUGUAACAGCAAUAAGUAUAGCUGAAUAGUAAAAUGUAAAUAUGAAAAGAGACCUGAUUGAUUAUUGAAUAACGAUAUGCAAAUUGCACUGGCAUAAAUUGGUAUGAUUAAUUUAAAGUAAAACGAACUAAACAGGAAGAAAAAAAACAUUCAUAAAGGCGUUUCUGAAUGCAGAUGCAUAAGAAAAUUCAUGUCUUAAGUGGGGAAAAAAAGGAAGAUUUCAACUAUAGAAAAUAAUUAGAACUGGCAGCCACGGAUUCUGGACUUAGGGGGCACCGCCCCGGUGGGGCAGAUGCCCUCCGUCACCAUUCUCAACAUAUGUUUGGUCACCCUGGUGCAGCAGUGGCUUGCCAGUGUUGUUACCCAGGGGACCCCUUGGGGGGCAUGCAACCUGCGGAUGCCUAUGGAAAUAUGCCCAUGGACUUGCAUGUAUCAGCACAAGGUUACCAUCCAUAUUAUAGGCAGUUGGAAUGUCUGUACAUGAUGGGCACCGCCUCCGAGAUCCAGCACAGAGGGUGGGAGAACUGCAUUUUGGAGAUGCGAAAGGAAAAGUCAAGGGACGCGGCCAGGAGUCGGCGUGGCAAAGAGAACUAUGAGUUCUAUGAAUUAGCCAAGCUGCUACCCCUGCCCGCUGCCAUAACUACCCAGCUGGACAAAGCAUCGAUCAUUAGGCUCAGCAUCUCUUACCUCAAGCUCAGAGAUUUCACAGCUCACGGAGAUCCUCCAUGGAACAGAGAUUCUCCCUCCAAUUCUAAAGCCAUGAAAGGCAGUUCACUCCGUUCCAGAUCGGGAUCUUCUAUUGCAAUGGACUUAUUCGAGCAGCACCAAGGAACACAUAUCUUACAGUCACUAGAUGGCUUUGCUUUCGCCCUCAGUGCAGAUGGAAGGUUUUUAUACAUAUCAGAAACAGUUUCUAUUUACUUAGGCCUUUCUCAGGUUGAAAUGACUGGCAGUAGUAUAUUCGACUAUAUUCACCAACAAGAUCACGCAGAAUUGGCGGAGCAGAUCGGUAUCAACUUGGCGCAGCAACAGACAACAAUGGCCUCUAGUCCUGGUUCUGUAGCAUCAGAUGAUGGCUCGUCCUCUUCCACGCCCGGCGGAACAUCCACUCCAACGGGCCUGGACAGACAAAUACCUGUGAUGACACUGAACAGCAAUACACCAUACAAAGGGAUGGACAGAUCUUUUUGCAUAAGAAUGAAGUCUACGCUCACGAAGCGUGGGUGCCAUUUUAAAAGUUCAGGCUAUAGGGUAGUGUUGGUCCUGUCUCACAUGAGACCUCAGUACAAUUUCUCCGGUCGCAAGCAACAGGGGGCUGGGGCAGGGCCACAAACUGUUAUGGGCAUGGUGGCCAUGGCCAUCGCCUUGCCGCCCCCUUCCAUCAACGAGGUGAGACUAGAGAGUGAUAUGUUUGUGACCAGGCUAACAUUCGAAUUCAGGAUCGCACAUUGCGAACCGAGGGUAUCUGACCUUUUAGACUACACAGCCGAUGAGUUGACAGGGAAAAAUAUGUAUACCCUUUGCCACGGGCAAGAUGUUCAGAAACUAAGAAAAUGCCAUGUUGAUCUUAUCAAUAAAGGGCAAGUGAUGAGCAGCUACUAUCGACUCAUCAAUAAAAAUGGCGGCUAUACUUGGGUGCAGACCUGCGCAACGGUCAUUUGCAAUUCUAAGAACUCUGAUGAGCAGAGUAUUAUCUGUGUUAAUUAUAUUAUAAGUGGGAUUGAAUACGAAAAUUGUAUCCUAGAUUGUAGCCAGAUGCCGAAUUCUGGAAAUCUGAAACCAGAUGAUCCCAGCAAUUCUGAAAGAGGAUCGUCUCCAGAAGCCGACCCUAGAGAGGAAGGAUCUUCGAGAGAAGGUUGCUGCACACCAAAAACAGAUGGAGGUCGAUGUUCCUCGUCAACUGCAGGCGGUGACAGUGAUCAUCAUAUAUCUCAUUUAGUGAAACAUUCGAAUGUUCUGCGACCUCCAGGGGAGAGAUGCUCUUUACAAGAUGAUGUUUCGGUUGCAAGCAAUGGAUAUGAUAUGGAACCAAAGCAGUUAGACUUAUCAGUAGAUAUAAAUCGUUAUCAAGAAACAGUAAAACAUUCCAGUCAUCACCCAUGUAUUGAUAGUCAACCUCAUGGGCGAGUAAAAAAAAGGCGACUUAUCAGCAACGGACAUCAAAUUAAUUAUAGUGAUACUUCAAUGAGUAAUGGAGAUCGUAAGAGUCCUCCUGACAAUGUGGUAUCUAGUCUUAAUGCAACAAGCCCUCUGGACAACGGAGGAACUUUGGUGGAUAGGGUCACGCCAGACCGAACUGGACUGAACACUUCCUCUGAUGGCAUAUGCCAUCGACCCACAACACCACCUUCAUCGGGUGAUAGUGAUAAAAUAGAUAGACCUUGGAAAAGGUCUCCCAGCAAUAGCUCUUCAGCAAGAAACGCUUACAAUUCUUCAAAUGGUUCUGCUAUGUCAGUGAAAGAAUUAGAGGACGUUAUGAACAAACAUUUACCUUCGGCACAAGAUGGGCAUGAUCCACUUGGCAAGGUCAAUGGCAAUCAGCAGCAAAGAUCAACCAUACAAUGGAUUGGUGCCCCACAGACGACCUUACCAGCAUCGUCUCUCCUUCGACAAAUUUAUGUUAAUAGAGAGUCGGUAAUUAGGUCCGGAACCCAUAUAAGCAGACCAACUUAUUACGGAGAAUCACAAGGUCCCUUGCCAACACCACCAGGUAGUGGUGGUAGUGGCGAGGCUUAUCCUGACCAAAACCAGUUCAUGAUACCAAGCAAGAUGAGUGCCGAAUCUUAUGGAGUCAUCGCCGGUUACUCAACAGCACCAGCAACGGUCACAAGUUACAUGGACACUUAUUCAGCGAUGACUCCACCAGCAUCUGUUUCUCCAAGAGACAAGUUCCAUCCUGGUAUUUCAGACACUGCAGCAUUCAGUGAAGCUGCUGCUGCAGCAGCUGCCGCGGCCAUACCACACAUGCACCACUACGUGUCAGAUGGUACUCUGCAACACCUUCCUCUGAAACCGCAAGUGUUUGUUCAUCCAGGAACUCUAGAUCCAGCUGCAUAUGGACAUUCUCAGCAGGGUCUGAGUCCUGAACAGCAGCAACAACUGUAUGCCCACCAUGCAAGUGGCUUUCAUCUUUAUCAUCCAUCUUCAAGCAGCAAAACAUCACAUCACACAGCAAAUGGUUCAUCGUGGUAUCCUCAACCAAAUACAUAACUUGCACGAGAAAUUUUCUUCCUUGUUCAUUCUUGUAUUAUAGAAAUUCUGCCUUGAAGUUGAAAAAUAACUGCCCACGUAUAACAGGAUAAGUUCUGUUCCAGAUGGGCAGUUUUGUUAGAUUUCUCGCCACCACCUGCUUUGAUAGAAGAUUAGAGCUGACCUGCAAAAACAAUAAUAGCAGCAUUGUUGACUGAUUCCAAUUUUAAUCAAAUUGAAAAAAAUUUAAGUUCGUUUCUAAGAGGAACUAUUUAUUUUUGUCUAUGUGGACUCUAAUCAAAUAGGUCAGAGCAGUUGUCUAGAUUACGACAACUGCGUCAGGUUCUUGAAAACAUUCCAGAAAAGCUAUGUGAGGCCUAUGCAAGGUCUACACAUCCAUGCUGAAUUAAUGUGCAAUAUAAAAACUGUUCUGAAUCAAUUGUAAAUGCUGAAAGUAGUUUAAUGUUUUUACUUUAUAGAUAGAUUAACAAAAUCCCAUUCCUUGAAAACUAUUACAUUUUAAUCAUGAGUAUUUUAUCUAAUUUUAUUUCUUUAAAUAUUUCUAAUAUUUUUUUCUUUCCUAAAUAGAGAUUUACAAAAAUUUCAAAUCAGCCAGAACUUCUUUUAAUUUAUUAAAUUAAGAUAUUAUGAACAAAUUCUAUAUUCAAAUGACAUCGCUUAUUCUAUUGAUAUUAUGCUGUAUCAUUAAAACAUCAGAAAGUGUUGCUGUUUAGUUCCAGUUUUCUGAUUCUGAUUAAUUUAAUUCCCUAUAAGAAGCUUCAGAUCAGUCAAAAUUCUACUUUUGUGUUUCCGAAACAGAAAUUUAAAAAAAUUUUCAACUGAAGUUAUUCUGAUAAUGAUACAAUGUCAAUUUUGUGCUUCUUGGUCAAUGUAAUAUUUCAAUUCACUAUGGAAAAAAAGAGUCAAGAGAAAAUUUAAUCAGGAAAUUUUUGUUCUUCCAAAUUUAUGAAUUUAAGUCUAAAAAUAUACUUCCACAUCGCUAAUGUAAAAUUUACUGUUUUUAUUUAUAAUUCUUUGAGGAAGUGUUACAAUAUCAUCUUUUAUUGCAUUGUGACUCAACUAAUAUUAUAAUUUAACUGAUUCAAUUUCCUUUUUAUGUCAAUACACCUUCAAGUUUUUUUAUUUUUUUAAAAUGACUUUUUCAUGCUUAAUUCUCUAAUCACUCGAGAAAAUCUUUUUGGCAAUCCUUAAGAAUCCCACUAAGGAAUUAAAAAUCAAUCAUCUUAGGUUAUGGAUAUGAACCCCAUCAAAGACUAAAAGCCAAGCCUAAGGGUCAAUUUAUGACCCACCUAACCCUUAUAAAAACAUC